AUGUCCAGAUCCAGAUCCAACAGUAACGGUGACUUUGCCUCCUCCCUCUUCCCCGGCGGCAUUCCACCACCGCCACCGCCGCCGAUUCCACACCCGACAGGACGACUUCGCCGCCACAGAAAGGGAAAGAAGAAACUCGUAGCGGAUAAACGGUUCGGGCACACGAAUCCACCCAAGCCAACGACCACGACCCACGCGCUUAACGCUGCUCCCAGUCCCAAGCCCACAACCACUUGGAGCGCGGCCAGGCGCACUGCCAAAGCGCCCCUAAUCCAUGACCAAGCAGCGGAAGCGCCUAAAGACGAGCGAUUUGACCUUGACCGGAAAGACCUUGAAGCCAGACUACGCAAACUGCUAGUCGCGGAUGAUGAUGAAGAUGAAGAAGUGGAAGAAGAUCUCCCGCCUCGGCUGAAUGCAUUCGCCGUGGUGAAGAAGACAGCAGGCAGCAAGGCCGCGAACAAACAAAGAACACAAGAUACCUCGUAUCGUCCGCCAUCCAAAUUGGACGAACCCGAGUCCGAGUCCGAGGAGGGUGGUUCAGAAUGGGACGUUGUGCCGGGUGAUUUACCCGCGUUCAGUCAUAGUCAAAUCUCACCUGUUACGAAAGUACUACCACCACGACCACCACUACAACCCCUACAUGUACCACAGCCGCCGCCUCCGCCUCCAAUUCCCAACAAGCCCAACCCCAAGUCCAAGCUCAAACGCAAACGCACAGAAGAUCCCACUUAUUGGCCUUCCAAGGAUAACCAGGAGGAAUCAAGUUUCGACGACUCCGACUCCGACGACGAGUCAGACAAAAAAGGCGUAAAAGAAGCGCUAAAACAAAAAGAAAUCAAACUGGGCAAUAUUAAGACCGAUAAAAACGUCGGCAAGAGGGUGCUGGCGGAAAGACAACAGCCACAGCCACAGGAAAAGUCACCGGAGCACGAUACGAGGACAUGGAAGAACAUGAUCGGCGGUGAUGGUCCGUGCGAGGCUGUCAGCUUCACGUGCGUGAGCGGGCGAGACGGUGGAGCAACGGGGGAGUUCGGUGUCGAGGAAGGCGGCGAAGGAGCGGUAGACCUCCGCUUUGGCGUGGGCUUCAGAAAUGAGGGUCUCAGCGUAGGACUUAAUGGGGUCGGAAGCAGCAGGGGUGGCGGUGGUUGCGUGGGCGGGACGGGCUUCCUCGUCCGCAGUCCGGGCUCUCUUGGCCGACUGCGAAGGGUGUCCGGCAGAGGGAUAACCGGUAUUAUGGCCGGCGGCGGUGGUUUGGGGGCCCCAGAGGGCAAAGGCGUAGACAUUUCGUCGCUGCGGUUGUUGGGGUAUCGACCGUGA